AUGGCCGGCGGACAACCUGGCUCUAACUCUCGUGGCCGCGGCGGCAAAUUCAGGAAAUUUACUCGAGGAGGUGGCAAGCAUUUCUCCCGCGAUUUGCGUCCUCUCGACUCCGAUGGCAACGAGAUUGGCAUGUGGAAUGAUGCUAAGAAGGAAGAGAGCGGAAGCGAUGAGGAAGACUCUGAGGAAGACUCCGAAGAGGAGUCCGGCUCUGACGACGGCAAGCCCCAGGCUGAACAGUCUCGAACCGAGCGCAAGGCCGCUGCAAAGGCCCGCAAGGAGGCUGCUAUAGCCAAGAAGAAGGCACAGGCAGUUGAAGUUGGUGACCUGCCUCCUUCCGACUCGGAAGAGGAAAGCGACGACGACAUGCCCGCCAACCCGAACCACUCCAAGGCCGCCCGCAAUCAAACCAAGGCGCCCGUCUCCAAAGAUGUCGAAGAGGCUACCGAGGGCGUUAAGAAGCUUGCUGUCGGCAACAAUCGCAAGGAACGUGAGAGUAUCGAGGCUGCGCAGGCCAAGGAGAGAUACCGCAAGCUGCAUGAGGCUGGCAAGACAGACGAGGCCAAGGCUGACUUGGCGAGAUUAAGACUCAUUCGCGAGCAGAGAGCGGCUGAUGCUGCCCGCAGAGAAGCUGAGAAGGAGGAGCGCGAGGCUCAGGAGGCUGCCAAGAGAGCUGAGAUUGAGAAGAAGGAGGCCAAGAAGAGAGAGGCUGCUCUGGGCCCAGUCAAGAAGGGCAAGAAGUCUAGCAAAUGA